AUGGCUAAUGCCUGCACAGACCUCACUGAUGCCGUGCGCUCUGUGCAGCAGCUCAAGAUCAAUGGCUUUUGCGCCACGUCGGCCAUGUCUACCGACUAUUCCAUCAAAUCCAGAUGGAACGUCGAUGGCUAUGAGUGGGAAAUCCGUAUUUAUCCAGCAUCGGGAACGUUCUCGGUGGCAGUAGAGCUUGCCUUUCUCAGCGAACCCCGUACGCCCGUUGUGAGGGCAAAUCUAAGCUGUCGACUGGUUGAUCCGAGAGGCGUUGCUGAACCAUCUGAAAGAACGACUAACUCAGGAGCAUUCUGGCGCCCCAAAGGUCGCUUCUCUACAGUUUUUGUUAAUCUUGGGCAGAGACGUGAUCUAGUGGCAUCGAGUUACCUCAAGGAUGAUACUCUGAUUGUGGAAUGCACAAUAACGGUGCUCAAGGAACUACCAGCGCCAACCAUCUCAGUUAAACCAGGGCCGUACAUGCCACCGUCCAACUUGCACGAGCACUUUGGUGAACUUCUACGAAGCAGAGCCGGUUCCGAUGUUGAAUUUCUCGUGUCCGGCGAGUCGUUCGCCGCGCACAAGCUCGUGCUGUCGGCGAGGUCCCCGGUUUUCAUGGCCAAGUUCUUCGGGAACAUGAAGGAGGCGUGCUCGCGGAGCGUGGAGAUCAAGGACAUGGAGUCGGACGUUUUCAGGGCGCUGCUUGGAUUUAUCUACACCGACGCCGUGCCUGAACUUGAUCAGGAGCUGGAGGCCGUGCCAACGAUGGCUCAGCAUCUACUUGCAGCAGCUGACAGGUACGGGCUGGACAGGCUCAAGGUGAUCUGCGCGGGCAAGCUCUCUGGCGGCAUCACGGUCGACACGGCAGCGACGACUUUGGCUUUGGCUGAGCAGCUCAAUUGCUCGCACCUCAAGGCCAAGUGCGUCGAGUUCAUUACCAGCACUCCUGCUAUCCUUGACGCUGUGGUGGCAUCGGAGGGGUAUAAGCAUCUGGAGGAGAGUUGCCCUUCAGCCCUUACUAGCAUUGUCAUCUCCAUGCGUGCCACAUGGAACUGA